AUGUCUUCAUUUCCCGAGUAUCUUUCUGAUGCCCUUUCUAGCUAUGGUGUAGAUGUCAUUUUUGGUAUAGUUGGGAUCCCAGUUGUGGAAUUGGCAGAUACCGUAAUUUCAAAAGGUAAAAUCAAGUUUUAUGGGUUUAGAAACGAACAAGCAGCAUCAUACGCGGCUUCUGCAUACGGGUUUUUGACAGGCAAGCCAGCGGUGCUACUUACGGUGGGUGGACCCGGCGUAAUCCACGCUUUGGCUGGCGUGUACAACUCGAUAUCCAAUAAAUGGCCCUUGCUGGUUAUAGCUGGAAGCAGCGAGGAUACAAAUCGAGGUGGAUUCCAGGAAUUAGACCAAGUUUCGUUGCUCACCCCGUACAUCAAAUUCACGGCUCGAUUGGACAGCUCAAAUGUGGACGAAACCUUGUAUAACGCUUUAAGGCAGGCCAGUUUGGGUACACCAGGCGUAUCGUAUUUGGAUAUUCCGGGGAAUGUGUUCGCGCAAAAAUGCUUGGAAAUCCGACCUCGGUCUCCUAGGCCGUUACGUGCAGUCAAGUUUCAACCUCCGGACGCCGAUUUGAAAGCUGUGGCCAAAACACUACGCUCUUCCAAAAACAUCUUGUGUGUGAUCGGAAAGGGCGCUACGGACUCCGCGGGCGAGGUUCGUGCAUUUGUUCAAAAGUUUCAAAUUCCCUUCUUGCCCACACCGAUGGCAAAGGGUGUAGUCCCCGAUUCUAGCAAUUUGAACGUAUCAUCAGCCAGGUCACUUGCACUACGCUCUGCAGAUGUCGUACUGGUGCUUGGAGCAAGACUAAACUGGAUUUUACAUUUUGGAGAGGCUCCUAAAUGGAAAAAAUCGGCCAUUUUUAUUCAGGUCGAUACCACAGCGGAGGAUUUGGGUCACAACAACCGUCUUGGCUUGACGUACUCCUUAUGUGGAGAUAUUGGCCACACGUUACGCAAAUUGACCCUUUCACUGGGCUCCUUUAGCUCUUCUGGUGUUACUGCAGAUAUACGCAAGAACAUAGUAGCAAAUCAGGGCAAACUACGUGCGAAAGAAGAAGCAGUCACCGCUAAAUUGAAUUAUAAUCAGGUUUAUGCACUAAUUCGGAGGCAUAUUGUGGAUAGAAACACUUUUAUCGUGAGCGAAGGUGCCAACACAAUGGAUGUGGCCAGAAUAUCGUUCCCCACCGAUUAUCCGAAGCAAAGACUUGAUGCAGGCACCAACGCAACUAUGGGUGUGGGACUAGGCUAUGCAAUUGCUGCAAAACUGGCUCAUCCGUCCAAAAAAGUGAUUUGUAUCCAAGGCGAUUCUGCAUUUGGGUUUUCGGGCAUGGAACUCGAAACCGCAGCUCGCUACCGACUUGGACUCGUCGUGAUCGUGAUGAACAAUAGCGGAAUAUACCAUGGAGCGAGUGAAGUUGGUGACACUAAAUCACAUCAACCUCGCAACAUGGUCUCCACGAGUCUGACCACUGAUUGUCGUUAUGAUCUUGUAGCGGACGGACUAGGAUGUCGCGGAUUCCUCGUCAAAAGUCUCCCAGAGCUGAACACUGCAUUGGAAAUGGCUUUCAAGCUGGCUGAGGAAGGCCUUCCGGCCCUACUUAAUGUCAUUAUAGAGCCCGGACGACAAGGAAAGCUCGAGUUUGGCUGGCAGAACAGAUCAAAGUUGUAA